UUGUUUUCCUCUAAAAAAUUUGGAAAAAAUGAGGCAGAACGAAUGGGGGAACACAAUUUUAGACCAAAAAACGCAAGGGAAUUUGAGGCAUGAUUAUUUAAUUUUGAAAAACUCAGAAGCAGAACGUCCAACAAUGGAAAGGAAAACAGAACCCUGUGGUUCGAAAUCUGCUAUUAAAACGAGGAAUGGUAGCAGAACAGGAGAAAUUGUGAAGCCGUCUAGAAACAGAGACGCUAAAACCGUUGGGCAUAUACAAUCCUAGGAUCAUUGGAAACAAUGGACGGAAUCAAACAAG